AUGGUUGCAGAAAAAUGUCAGAAAAUUUCUGUUUCGUUGAUUGCGAGGCGAAAUAUCAUCAAGACUGUGGGCAGAUCAUCAGAUGAUAUGUGAGCGUAAACGUAUACCUUUGCUAUCAAUACUGUCGUCUUAACAUGACUACCAUAAUUUUAUUUUUCUGUUAACUUUUGUUUUUGUUGUAACAGGGCUACUCAGUUAUUAGAGUUGAGUCAUGUCAGGCUGGACCGGGAGAAGAUAAGUGAGAUUGACAACCUGGACUGCCUUGGGCCUGUCACUCAUUUGUAUUUACAGAAAGUAUGGAGUGCUUAUCUUGGCCUUUUUGUGCUGGACUGGGUGGAGGGAGGGGGUGGGUGGUUUGUGAGAUGUGUGUGGUGGGGGCGAUUCUUGACCCUUUGUUGGGACAUAAGUUGGACGUGUACCACUUAAGGUUUAAAACCCUGACCCUGUUUUGGACUUAAAUGAAUGGCGGGUAUAAUUUUAAAGUUCACGUUCCACAGAUCAGGAAUUAUUCAGGUCACAUGCUACAGAUGAAUAAACAGGACCAGAAGUGUCUCCUUAAUCCCUAUCAAAAUAAUGGUUAUGAUCGAAAGAAAACCAUUGGUUUAAUAGAUAAAACAGUGCAGUGACCUGUAUAUAAUUCAUGAACCACCGCCCCUGUAUAGGACAACAUCUGUUUUUAGACCCAGACUGUCCAACAAUUCUGAUCUCAUUAGGAUUCUCCUAAUUUUGCUUGAAAAUCCCGAAUCCCGACCAAUAUGCGAUCAGGAUAGGAAAAAUCCUGAUUUUGACAUCUGUUUUGAUAUUUUCAAAUACAUUGUUAGGAUAACACAAAUUAAGAACACCUAACAGAGUGUACUUAACUGAAACUGAAACCCUGCAAACUGAAAUAUACCGCCUGAAAUAAAAACAAAAAAAACAAAGUCGAGUCCUUGUAUGUGAAAACAUACAAAUAAAAAUGGGCAUAAAAAUAGCAAUUGACUGAGCAAACAUUUUAGAAAGAAACCGAUUAGCAUCAUGAAAUAUUUCUCGAGAACUUCAAGUAUCCAUUCCUACCCUACUCGCUCCUUAACUGAUCAACAUUUUAGUGUUCAGAAUUCCAGACUUGAUGUACAAAAGAAAGCUUUCUGCCGUGUUGGCGUCAAAACCCAGAAUGAGAUCUUACCUAAUUACUUUAAAAUGUUAUCUAAAAAGGCCUUCUCAAAAAAAAAAUUAAAGUUGCACUAUUUGACUUUCUAAAAGCACACGAUUCAUAAUAUGUUGAAUUUGAUGACAUCACUUCAAAAUUAAAAAACUAUAAUAUAGGAUAAGAUUAUCUGUCUUUUCUGUAUUCUCACAGCAAAAUUGUUUACUCACACUUUGUGUCCUUUUCCAUUUGUUUCUUUUUAUUUUAUUGUGUCUUAUUUUCAAUUCAAACUUCCUUUUGUUAAGUAGUUAAUCAAAUAAUAUUCAUGGUGUGAAUAUGUGUAAUGACCCACCUCGAUUAGUCUUUGGUAUCUGCGGGUCAAAUCAUUUCCUGUAUUAUUGUUAUAUAAAUUCUAAUAAAGUAUAAAUGACCUUCCUGGCAGAACACAGGAAUAGCAUUUCAGAGCAUCAAAUUUCAAAAGACAUUUUCUGGGAUAGCAUGCCCCCAGGCCCCCCUUGCUGCUUGCACCCUCAGUGCUCACCUGAUUCUUUGGUUAUUAAAAAAAGACCCCGAUUUUACAUACGCAAAGGGUUGGACAGACUCUAGAGCCCAGGGACACUCUUCUGGGCUAGCCAUCUUUGUGUAUGUGAUUUAAUGUUUCAAAUUAAUCAAAAGUCGACAAAGUCAGCCCAUAAAUCCCUACAUGUUCUGAGUCCCCCCAAGAAAGUAACCAGAUACAGAGAAGAUGUUGAUGUUACUAAUUCACUGUUCAUUAUCUGUGAAGGAAUGAAAAUUUGAAUUAUUUGACUCAGUAGUGCCAGCAACUGACAGAUUCAAUUUCCAAAUAACGUAUUUGCUAUUUAAUAGAAUCUAUUGUGGAGUCAUCCUCAGAGACCCAGGGACAGUCGGUUGGGCCAUUUCUCCUGGCCCGACUGACUGCCCCUGGGUCUCCGAGGAUGUUGUGGAGUAUGCUUGAAUUGGUUUAACAGCAGUUGAUGACUUAAUUUUAACUUCUCAACCAGCUUUAGCCAGUUCACUGCAUGUUGAUCUGUUAUUUACUUAAGUGUCACUUGUUAAUUUUCAAAUAAGCCUUUCAAAAAUUUAAUCUUGAUUUGCUUUAAUCAUGUGUUGUUUUCCAUAGAAUCAAAUAACAAGAAUUGAGAAUCUUGAAGUUCUUCCCAAGCUUAAGUAUGUUUUGUGUAUAGAAACUACAGCUUAAAGUCCAUACUUUGAUGGGGGAUUUUGGUUUAGUAUCAGUGAUGUUUAAUGCGGGUUUCAUAUUACUGUUGGUCAACAGAUUCCUGACAUUAGCUGAUAACAAAAUAACAAAAGUGGAAAAUCUCAAGAUCCUCACAAAAUUGCAGUUUUUGGAUCUUUCUGACAACUUGGUGAAGGAUUUUGAUGAAGGUUUAUAAUUAUUAACUCUUUAACUAUAAUUAAUGUAAAACUGUUUUAUCCAUUGAAAAACUUAGAACUAUUGAACUGUUGGCAUACUUUCACAACUUCUUUUUCUAUUCAUUUCACAGGAGAGUUCCCAGCAAGUUUAAUUAUUUUGAAUUUAAAGGGAAAUCCCUGCACUCAUCUUGUGGAUUACAAGUAUGUUUUGCCUGGCUAAUAAAAAUGCCUAGUUUUUUCCAUUCUUUAAAAAUAAAGUACAAUAUAUAUUGAAGUAUAAAUAACAGUUAAGUUCAAGCUUGUAAACAUCCUUUGUGAAACAAAAAUACUGUCACAUUUUAUUAUACAGGCUCAUUUGAAGUAGCUUUUCUAUUUUAUGCUAUGAACCUCAUGCAUUUAAUAUGCAUAAUGUCUGUGGCCACCUAGUUAGCUCAGUUGGGAGAGCAUUAUUUUUAUUGGCUUAGAGUUUAUUACGUUUGAGUUUAUUGCUUAAUGUAUAUAUUAAGUAUAUAAAUUAUAAGCUUAAUUUACAUAUUAAAGGGAUAACCUCAUAAUCCUUCUUCAGGGGUUACAGUGCUUAUAAUGGUUACCUGUAAACAUUGUAUGUAAUAUUAGUUUAAUAUGAUAUAUUAUAUGCAAUAUCUCAUUAUCAAAUUUACCAAACUAGUGUACGUAGAUCACAGUGUGCCACAAUUUAAAAACAAUGACUUAAAUCCCCAUGCCUUAUUCUUAUUCUAAAUUUGAAGCAAAGGGUUCUGAGGAAAAGAUUCUAUUUAUCUGCUUUUAUAUUAAAUUAUUAUAAUAUCAUUAUUUUAUUUUUAUUACUAAGUAAACAAUGCAUUGACUUUUCUUUUUAGGAAAAAACUGUUUGUUGCCCUGCCACUGUUAAAGCAACUGAAUGGUCAAGACAUAACAAGGGAGGAACGACUUCAGGCUGGUUGUGCUGCUGUGUAUGUUUUUCAGAUGUUAUAACCUUUUGCUACCAAUUGCUGGGACUUGUAAGAAUUCUCCUUUAGAGUUGUACUUUCCUGUGAAAAGUGGGUUAUCUGUAAGCUAGGAGAGAUGUUAAUUUAGGGAUAACCUCUUGUUUUGUCGAAUACCAUAAGCCGAUAACCUAAUGAUCCUCCUUCAGCUAGGUGUCGAAAUGGCUACCUGUAAACAGUGUAUGUAUGUACGAUGCCUUGGAUUUAUGUUGGCUUGUGUUUAAAGUAUCAACAAGUAGGAGUGAAGCAUGGCCAGGUCAUCCCGAAGGCACCAAUUUCAAGUUCUGCCCUGACAGCUAACUAAAUUUCAUCUUGGCGGUCCUGAGUUGAAAUCUAAGCGAUGCCUGUAAAUCAUCCUCUCCUCUUGUAGGGCUUUUCAGGAAUAAUGAAACAAAAUAAAAUUUAAUGGAGUAUAACAUAACAUGGUUAAAAAUCCCAACUGGUAGUAGGCAAACCAUAUGCAGUUGGCUAUUUUGCAAGUGUGGCCGAGGAUUUGAACUCGGGACUACCGAGAACAAAAUUCCAGCAAGCUGCCAGGGCAGGACUUGAACUUGGGGUCUCCAAACUACCAGUCUACUAAGCACUGCCUUUAUUAACCUUUUGGAGUAAGGAGGGUGCAGUGGUGAGAGCACUCGCCAGUUACCAGUGUGGCCCUGCAGGUUCAAGUCCCAGCAGUGACACCAUGUGUGAAGUGAGUUUGUUCUUGCCUGUCUUCCCUACCCUCAGAGAUUUUUCUCUGGCUACUCCUGAUUUCCCCUUUCCUUAAAAACCAACAUUUCAAAUCUCUAUUUGAUUUGGAAAAUGUUUCCAAUAAAAAGUAUUAUUUGGGGACAAUAAGAGUGCAACAGGUUUAUAAGUUCUUUAGCCAUUAAAACAAGUCUAAUUUGUAGAUGUGAUCACUAAAUUUCUUGUUAUGUGCAAGAUUUAAAUAUUAAUUUUAUCCCACUGAUCGAAGUUGCUUUGUGAACUGACAGUGAGAGUGACUCAGAUGAAGAAAGUGAUGACCAAGAAGAGGAAGAAGAAAAGAAUAUUUCAGUGGAAUCAAAGCAAGGUAUAAUAGACAAUCAAAUGCUUCAAGAAUACUCAGCUGUGCUUAGUUGUCCCUGUAAAAAGGUGAUGCAAAGGUGCAUAUGAACCAAAGGCCCAAACAGCCUGAGCUUAUCCCCAGUUUCCUUAGCAUGAAGCAUGCUGAGGUGUAUUGCUACUCCCCCCUGGACAGGAUACUAGUCCAUUGCAGGGUUAUCCCUCAGCAGUAUGUGACUGGUACCCAUUUUUGUACAGCUUGGGAGAGAAACAAAAUGGAGGAAAGUUCUCUGUCUUAGGAAACAACGCAACAGGCGAGGCUUGAACCACACACCUCCAGAUCUGGAGUUCAAGGUUUUAACUGCUCAGCCACACACGCCUCCAGGGCCCUGUGCCUUAAUUACUAUUAUAUACUCUUAGAUAGCAUUUUAUUAAUUCGUGUUAGAAACAUAACAAAGACAAAGUUUAAGAAGUUGCUAUUGUUUUUCCAGUUUUGUUCAUAACACUGGCUAACUACUCUCUACAUGAGUAGAUAUAGCGAGAUAGACAGAUUUAGAUAGUGGGUAUGUAGGCCAAUCAGAUUGUAAAAUUUGUGGUAGUUUGCUAGCUCUGGUUUAAUUUUUCUGCCAAUAAAACUGGUAUAACCUAUCUUGCCUUCCCUACCCCCAUUGCAACCUCCACCACUAAUAAUAUUCUUCUUCUUGCUUUACGAAACCCCACCUCCUUCAAAAUGAAGAUUCUUGUGAUAUUGGCAACUAUAGGCAACUUGUCCUGCCCAACUCAGCUAUCCUACUAGUCUCAUUUACUAGAUAGCUUCCUCUAGUGUCCAUGCUCCUAUCCACCCUCCCCUCUGUAUGUCCACCCUCCCAACCCAGUCACAGAGAACCCUUCCCCCACUCUCCCAACACUUCUAUUACACAGAGUGAAUCAUCUGAUAGGUAGGUAUAUAAUUUCUUGAGAAGAUCUUGCAAAUAGUAUUUAGUUUUUGUCCAUUCAAGUGGCAGACAGCAAUUGUCUUAAAUUUUUUUUAGGCUCACUACACCAGCACUGUAAUGACAUUCUUGUGAGAGCAAAAAUAAGGACGUUGAAGGUGGGUGUUUCUUUACUGAUGAUGAUGAACUAUGCACAUGAUACAAUGUAACUACACACAAAUACAUAGCUAACUAAAGAUAACGAUAGCUCUCUAGAGGGCAUGUGUUUACAGUUUUUGUUACGUCUGUAGUGCACUUGUCAUUUUAUCAGCUUGCUAAGUCAUAUAAGCACGAAACAUAACCUGUUUUGUCGAAGAAAAUAAAGUGUGAUUUCUUAAUUGCAUGGAAGAAAAAAUUAUUUUUGAUGUAGAUGGUGAUGCUUAUUUAUCUGCAACAUUAAGUUAUGCUUCACCUUCAUGUCAUAUAGCACACGGAUGACAAGUGUCAAAGCAUGCUGCUUGUCUAAAGAAAAGCAGGGUUAUUUCACAGAACACCAAAUGCUAAAUGACUCUGAAGUUUAGUGAUUAGUCUUAGGAAACUGAGUGCAUCACGUUUCAGGUGAUUUUGCCCAGUAUAAUGACCCUAAAUAUAGGAACGUGAUUCACUCAGUUUCCUAACCCUAAUCACUAUAAACUUCAGAGUCAUUCAAUGUUUAGCAGCCUUUCGGCAUUCUGCAAAAUACCCCUGCCAGUUAAUUUACAGGAACAUGCAAAGCCAGACAUUUUUCUGUAAUCAGUGAAGAGUAAGUUCUUGUUUUUUACCUCAGUUUUGUAAAGAACAUUCAUGUUUUUUGUAACAGGAAGAACAAGAACAUAAGAAGAGAAUGGAGGAACUAGAAAAUAUUCGUAAACUGCAUUCCCAGGAGUUAUCAAGUAAAACAUCAUCCAGACAUUGA